UUAUCACCAUCGAGAUUAAUUAAAGCAAUGUAUAUCUUCCGAUGGAUAUGUCUUCAGCUUCUAAUCUCAUCCACGGUUUAUACUGCAGUUAUACGAAAAAGGGUUGUGAAUCCAGACACAAGUGAAGAGGCUGAAGAGGUCGGAAUCCACCAUAGAUUUCAGAAAAGCAAUGUCGGCACUGAUAGCUACGAGUAUGGGGACAUAGAGGAGUUUCGUCGAGACGUUGUACAUCGAGACGCAAGCGAAGACAAUGAAGACGGAAGCAGCCACCGGAGAUUCCAGAGACGCAACGUGGGCAGUGCUAGCCACGAGGACGGGAGCAGAGAUGGUUUUCGUCGACCUGUUCACGUGGGCAGGUUGGCACAUGGUGAUACUGCAGUUACACGAAGUGAAGAGAUUGGAGAACUGAGAAGUAACCAGCGAUAUCGGAGACGCAACGUGGGAAGUAAUAGCCAUGAACACGGGGGCAGAGGCAGUGAUGGCCACGAACGAGAACACAGAAACGAGCGUGGCAGUCACGAAUUGAAUGCCGGGUACAACGUGGGAGGUAAUAGCCAUGAACACAGGGGCAGAGGCAGUGGUAGCCACGAACGAGUACAUAGAAACGAUCGUGACAGUCACGAAAUGAAUGUCGGGUACAUCGAGGACCUUCGUUUAGCUAAUAAAAGCUCACAAAAUAUUAAGAGAUCUCUACAUAUCACUGAAAAUGGGAGAACAACAGAAUAUGAUACUAGCCAUGAAGCAAAUGGCACCAGCAUCGGCGAAACAUUAGUUGCUGAGCAUAUCCAUGGAAUGCAAGACACAGAAACUGCAAUUUUAUUGCGACAUGUCGCUACAGUGAAUACCACUUCUUUAGACAUUGGAAGCCAUUCCUUGACAGACGACAGAAUGGUUGAAUUUGAUGAAGAUCGACUUCUCAACACUACAAGUGGCAUCAACGAGCGCCAAACAGAUAAUAGUCCAAAGCAGAUAACUAAAAGACAAAAACGGCGUGUGAACAGUAAAUUAGUACGGAGACACACACGUUUGAAUAUUUCUCGGACUUCGAAUAAUGCAAGCAGAAAGAAAGGUAAAGGUGUUUCCACAAAUCAGGAAACUGACACAGAUCUAGGAAGCAUAGACCGAUUUGAUGACAGUGAAGAUAUGUCUAGACAAAAUGUCACCGGUAGAGCUACCGAUGGAAUGGCUAGUGAAAUAUUAGCUCAUACAAACCACCAUAGGCGUCAAAACCAUUUCCCAAAUAUUGCUCCGCGGAGGAGAAAUAUUCGUCGCAACAGCAGAACCGUACAUAGAAAUCAAAAUAUAAGAAAUAUCAGACGGAGACGGAUUGAAAACAAAAGAAGAAAGGGAAAUGAGACAAAUUUAGAGGAUACAUCUGAAAUCAGUAUAACUAAUUACCAAACGAUUGAAAAUGGUACUGUCGGGGUUAACAUAACGCAAAACCAGUCAAAUGGAACUGGUGCAACUAAUGGCGGGAUGAAUGGGGAUGACCCUGCCGUGGUCAAUAUCAAUAACAACCAGAAUAGUGGAAGUGGUACUAUCGGGAUCCACACAUCUAUGAACCAGACAAGUGGAGAUAGUGCUGUCACGAACAAUACAACUAUUAACAACACAAAUGGAAAUGGUACUGUCGGGGGCAAUACAGCUUUAAACCAGACAAAUAUACACCGGAAAAAUGUGAUCGGUACUGCCAGGGUCAAUACAAAUAUAAACCGGACACAUGGAAUUGGUAUGAAGACUAAAGUAAAUAAAAGAAAACGAAGAUUUGCAGAAGUUAAAAAACACAGAACACGAAGUAAACGACACGGAAAGGGAAAUCGACGGAUCAGGCAACUUCAUGAUGACAGCCACUUUCAUUACAAUGGCGGCUACAAGCGAAGCGGUAUCAUUGGACAGUUUGGAGUGGAACCCUUCUCUGAGGAUCUAACUAAAUUACGACGUGCCAAACGUGGAUAUUAUAAUGAUUACCAGGGGAGUGAUUAUGGUAAUUAUGGAGAUGAAUACGGUAACUAUGGGGCUGAUUAUGAUAACAAUGGGGGAGAUAAUGGAGGUUAUAGUAUGGGAAUGGAUCAAAACUACGGAGGUAACUAUGGUAAUGACUACAGCAACUAUGGUAAUGACUACAGCAACUAUGGUAAUGACUACAGCAACUAUGAUAAUAACUAUGGAGGUGAUUAUGAUAAUUAUGAAGGCGAUUAUGGUAAUUAUGAAGGCGAUUAUGAUAAAUAUGAAGGCGAUUAUGGUAACUAUAAUGGAGAUUAUGGUAACUAUGAAGGCGAUUAUGGAGGUUACGACAUCGGAAUGGAGGAAGACUACGGGAGUAACUAUGGUAAUAACUACAGAGAUGAUUAUGGCAAUUAUGAUAGUGACUAUGGAGGAUAUUAUGGUAACCAUGAAAGCGAUUAUGGUAACUAUGAGGAAGAUUAUGGUAACUAUGAAGACAAUUAUGGGGGUUACAGUAUGGGAAUGAGCGACAAUUACGAGGGUAAUUAUGGUAAUGACUACGAAGGUGAUUAUAUUGCAUACGCAAGUGAUUAUAGUAACUAUGGAGGAGAUUAUGAUAACUAUGAAGGCGAUUAUGACAAUGGUAACUAUGGUGGUGAUUAUGGAGAUAAUUAUGAUGACUAUGAAAAUGACUAUGAUAACUAUGGAGGUGACAAUGGUAACUAUGGUGGUGAUUACGGGGGUUAUAGUAUGGGUAUGAUGGGAAACUACGGAAAUGAUUAUGGUAACUAUGGCGCUGAACAUGAAUAUGGUAACUAUGGCGGCGGUGGCAAUGACUAUGAUAAUUAUGGCGGUGAUUACAAUAUGGGAAUGGAAGGAAACUAUGGGAGUGAUUAUGGUAACUAUGAAAAUGCUUAUGGCGGUUAUGGUAUGGUUAUGGAAGAUGAAGGUGACUAUGAUAACUAUGAAAAUGCUUAUGAUAAUGAUUAUGAUAACUAUGAAAAUAAUUAUGAUAACUAUGAAAAUGAUUAUGAUAUGGGAAUGGGGGGAAACUAUGGAAGCAAUGCUGGUAACUAUGACAACUAUGGCGGUGAUUACAAUAUGGGAAUGGGAGGAAACUACGGAAAUGAUUAUGGUAAUUAUAAAGAUGAAAAUGACUAUGAUAACUAUGGCGGUGAUUACAAUAUGGGAAUGGGAGGAAACUACGGAAAUGAUUAUGGUAAUUAUAAAGAUGAAAAUGACUAUGAUAACUAUGAAAGUGACUAUGAUAACUAUGGUGGUGAUUAUGGUAAUUAUGAAAAUGACUAUGAAAAUUAUGGUGGUGAGUAUGGUAACUAUGGAAGUGAUUAUGGUAACUAUGGCAGUGACAAUGACUAUAAUAACUAUGGCGGUGAUUAUAAUAUGGAAAUGGAGGGAAACUAUGGAAGUGAUUAUGGUAACUAUGGCGAUGAUUACAAUAACUAUGAAAAUGACGAUGAUAAAUAUGGUGGUGAUUAUGGUGACUACGAAGAUGACAAUGGUAACUAUGGUGGUGAUUAUGGGGGUUAUAGUAUGAACAUGGAAGGAAACUAUGGAAGAGAUUAUGGUAACGAUGGCGGUGAUUAUAAUGAUUAUGGUAACUAUGGCGGUGAUUACAAUACGGGAAUGGAAGGAAACUAUGAAAGUGAUUAUGGUAACUAUGAAAGUGAUUAUGAUAACUAUGGGGGUGAUGAUGAUAACUAUGAAAGCGAUUACGAUAACUAUCGCGGUGAUUAUGGCAACUAUGAAAAUGAUUAUGGUGGUUAUAGUAUGAACAUGGAAGGGAACUAUGGACGAGAUUAUGGUAACGAUGACGGUGAUUAUAAUGAUUAUGGUAACUAUGGCGGUGAUUACAAUACUGGAAUGGAAGGAAACUAUGAAAGUGAUUAUGGUAACUAUGAAAGUGAUUAUGGUAACUAUGAAAGUGAUUAUGAUAACUAUGGGGGUGAUGAUGAUAACUAUGAAAGCGAUUACGAUAACUAUCGCGGUGGUUAUGGCAACUAUGAAAAUGAUUAUGGUGGUUAUAGCAUGUAUAUGGAGGAAGACUAUGGAAGCGAUUAUGGUUACCAUGGUAACUAUGAAGCUGACUAUGGUAACUAUGAAAAUGAUUAUGAUAACUAUGGAAAUGAUUAUUAUAACUAUGAAAAUGAUUAUGAUAACUACGGUAAUGAUUAUGGUAACUAUAGAGAUGACAACAACUAUGAUAACUAUGGCGGUGACAAUGGCAAUGGUGAUUACGAAACUUAUAGUAUGGAUGAAAACUAUGAAGGGGAUUAUAAUAACUAUGACAAUGAAUAUAAUAACUAUGACAAUGAAUAUGAUAACUAUGACGGUAAUUAUGGUGGAUAUAGUAUGGAAAUGGCGGGAAACUACAAAAGAGAUCAUGGUAACUACGGUAACUAUGGAGGUGAUAAUGAGAACUAUGAAGGUGACUAUAACUAUGGCGAUGAAAAUGACUACGAUAACUAUAGAGGUGAUUAUGGUGGUCAUAGUAUGGCUAUGGAAGAAGACUAUACAAGCGAUUAUGGCCACUAUGGUAAUAAUGAAGGCGAAUAUAAUAACUAUGAAGGUGACAACGAUAACUAUGAAGGUGACAACGAUAACUAUGAAAAUGACUACGAGGAUGACUACGAAACUGAAUAUGGUAACUAUGCCGGUAACAAUGACAACUAUGAUUACGAUGGAGGUGAUUAUGAAAACUAUGACGCGGAGUAUGAUUCAUACACAGGGGAUUAUGACCAAUAUGGCAAUGACUAUGGAGGUAAUUACGAUAACUAUGAAAGCUGGCAUGACAAUCAUAAAGGAGGACGUAGUAUAGGAAUGAAUGAAUACAGCAAUAACUAUCAGGAUGAUUAUGGUAACUAUGAUAACUACGGGAGUGAUUAUGAUAACUAUGGUAAUACCUAUGACAACGAAGACGAUUACGGUUAUGACUAUGAUGGAGGUGGUCAUUACGGGAAUGGUUAUGGCGCUCAUAGUAGUGCUGAAGAUAGGUAUGAUGGAGGCUAUGGUGGUGACUAUGGUAAUAAUUACGACAACGAAGACGAUUACGGUUAUGACUAUGAUGAUAAUUACGGAGGGGGUCAUUACGGGAACGGUUAUGGCGCUCAUAGUAGUGCUGAAGAUAGGUAUGAUGCUGACUAUGAUGGUGGAUAUGAAUAUGAAGGCGGUUAUGGUGGAGGACAUUCUGGUGGAUAUGGAGCAAACAAUGGUGAAGGUCGCGGGGGUGGUGACUGGGGUCACGAAAAUUCAUAUGGAGGUGGCGGUUACAAUAGCGGAGGAAACGGGGGUCACAGUGGAGGAGGGGACUACGAGGGCAGCUAUGGAGGUGGUGGUUACAAUGGCGGAGGCAACGGGGGUCACAGUGGUGGAGUGGGCCACGAGGGCAGCUAUGGAGGUGGUGGUUACAAUGGCGGAGGCAACGGGGGUCACAGUGGUGGAGGGGGCCACGAGGGCAGCUAUGGAGGUGGCGGUUACAGUGGUGGAGGCAACGGGCGUCACAGUGGUGGAGGGGGCUAUGAGGGCAGCUAUGGAGGUGGCGGUUACAAUGGCGGAGACACCGGGGGUAAUAGUGGUGGAGGGGGCUACGAGGGCAGUUAUGGAGGGGGAGGUUACAAUGGCGGAGGCAACGGGGGUCAUAGUGGUGGAGGGGGCUACGGAGGUGGGGAUUGGAAUCACGAAAGUUCUUAUGGAGGUGGUGGUUACAACGGGGGUCAUAGUGGUGGAGGGGGCUACGGGGGCAGCUAUGGGGGUGGCGGUGGAUAUGGGGGUAGCUCUGGUAGCGGCACUGGCUAUGGAAAUGUGUACUUUGGUGGAAUAGAUGUACAUGGUGGUGGAUACGGAACAAGCAAGGAACAAGGAGGUGGAUAUGGCGGAAUGAUGGGUGGAUAUAACAGUAUGCCAGGAGGCUUUGGUGGAAUGCCAUUAAAUUUUGGAAGGAUGCCCAUGGGUUUUGGUGGAAUGCCAAUGAGUGGAAUGCCAAUAGGUGGUAUGCCAAUUGGUGUUAUGCCAGUAGGUGGUAUGCCAAUGGGCGGUAUGCCAAUAGGUGGUAUGCCAAUGGGUGGUAUGCCAAUGAGUGGUAUGCCAAUGGGUGGUAUGCCAAUGGGUAGAAUGCCAGUUGUUGGUAUGCCGAUGGGUAAAAUGCCUAUAAAUGCAAUGCCAAUGGGACAGCAAGCUGGAAUACCAUCUUAUACAUGCACUAGUCCGUUAUCAUAUCAGAAUUGUUUCGGAAGUGGAACGAACGCAGUAUACAGUAGUAACUAUGUCGGCCAGUCAUGUCCAACAUACAACAAUCCGACUACGUCAUCUAGUAAUACAGUGGCACCAACUCCAAUAUACAAUACGGUGUACCAACCUCAAAGCACUCCGAGCCCAAAUGUAGAUCCAUCUACCAACCCUGCUCCAGUAAUAAGCAUCUAUCCAAUCUAUAUCUCUGGACCAACAAAUCCGGCAUAUCCAGUCUAUGAUAGCAUAUUACCUGUGGAUCCAUUUCUACCAAUAGCAACGGAUCAAAGCCCAUUUUUGGAAGAUUCAAACACAGUUCUUACCAAUAACCAAAUACAUCAAUUAUAUCCAAUUUUUCCUGUAGACGGAAACACACCUUUCGCGGACACAGGCUCACCUUUCGCGGACACAGGCCAUGUCCUCUCUUCUGAUACAGGAAAUACACAUUCAUCUAAUACUGGACCAGUGUAUGCACGAAAUAUGAAUGCUGAUUAUACCAGAAACAAAACGCUACCAAGCCCAAAUCAUAACUAUCCGACAGAUACUGGUAUUGUGUCCUUUCCCGGGGUUCAAACCGCUGCACCACCAGUAGUCAGCCGAGACCAAAAGAGUUCACAUAAUCCCAGUACCAAACAUAACAAGAAAACAACAGUGUCACACGGUAGUGUUGCUAAGUUGGGCAGGGGACCUAAAAGUAGCAAUAUUGACGCUCAUAAGUUUAAAGAUAAACAGUCGUUACGUCGUGGCAAGAGUGCCAUUGCGAAAUUAUAGUGCACUGUUCGAAAUUUAUUCAAACCGGUGAAAAAUGUAAAUAACUCACUCAUUUAUGGAUAGUUGCAGGUAGAUGUUCAAGAAUACGACUGAUCGCCUGAUACUGUUUCCUCAUUACAGAUAUAUUGUAAAACGGGUGUUAGAGGACAUAUCUUUGAUGACAAAAAACAUUAAAUCUGAAUAUACUAAAUGUCAUGUUCGAUAGUUUUUUUCUUUUUAGAUCUUAGUUAUUGUACAUGUAGUAUUUAAUUGCAACUAGAAGAUGCGAGCUUUGCGUAUGUAUCAUUCAGAAGGGUUUUGUGUAUUUGCAUGCCGGGCGAAGUUAUCAAAACGCUUGGGGAAGUCUUGUCCAUAUGGAUGAAAAUCGAUCUUUUGGGAAUUGGGAGCAACACUAUCCCUAACCGCAUUGAAUAGACCAGCCCAUUACCCUCCAUCUCAUUAGCAUGUUCUGAAUACAUGGCCAGGCGGGACAUUAAGAAUACCAGCAGGGGCGGAUCGGGGCGUGGCGUGUAAUACAACACUUUUUAUGAGUAAAGUGUCACGGUCGUGUGCUUUGUCCUUUAUCAUCAGCUGGUGGGAUGGAAUGGGCAUUCAAAGCGCGAGAUAAUGAUUUAGACAUAAUUAUGUGAUAUAACAAUUAAUGCUUUGCAUCAAUGGAAUUGAAUCACAAUGUGAUCCUAUUAAUUCAUAAUAAAUAUUGACGUCAAA